AAAAACAUCAAAACUUGGGUAACAACAGCUUGAACAGCAGAGAGCAGUUUGUUUUUCAGAUUUGCAGCAAGCAAGACUCAACAGCUUUCUGACCAAGACUCAACACUCAGAAAUCAACAUCUUUCUGACUCAGAGUUUAAGGUGAGCACUUGUGAAGAAAAGCGAGACACGAAGUCCAAGGUACAUCUGCAAAAGACAAACUCCGUUUUCAGACAUGAACAAAGACGUUGCUGAUAUUCAGGGCCAGUACAAGCAGGAUGGGUAUCUGACUGCGCUUCCUAUCCUGAGUCCAGAGGAGCUGCAACAGGCCCGCAAUGCUUUUGCUGAGCUGGAGAGAAAACAUGGCGAAAGUUACACUGCUUACAGUCUUCAUAACAUCCACAAGGAGUAUGACUGGGUGAUGGCUCUCGCAAAGCACCCAAGGCUUCUUGAGGUGGUCACAGGAGUUCUGGGGCCUGAUGUCAUCCUGCUUGACUCUAGAUUUAUUUGUAAAUAUCCAGUGGGUAGCAGACACGCUGAAAAGCAAGAAAGCAAUGGGAUCAUCCAGUUGAGCAAUACCUGUAAUAAGGCAGAAGAUUCCAAUGAAAAGGAAGAAAUGCCAUUUGUGGCCUGGCACCAGGACAUGAAGUAUUGGGGUUUUGAGGGAGGCCCCGUUUUGUCAGUCUGGCUUGCCCUUGAUGACUCACUUGAGGAUAAUGGGGCACUCCAGGUUAUUCCAGGAAGUCACCACUAUGGUCUUUUACCCCAUCACCAAUCAAAACGAGCUGGCAACAUGUUGAGUGUCAAUCAAGAGAUCCCAGAAGAGCUAGUGGAGACAGAAAAGGCCCUCUUAUGCCCCCUGCUAGCUGGUCAAAUGUCGGUCCAUGAUGGACUUUUGGUUCAUGCUAGUGAUCCCAACACAUCUAACAGGAGGCGUUGUGGCUACGUGAUCCGAUAUGUUCCGACAUGUACUUAUCCAAUCCAGGAUCCUGAGCGCCCCAGGACAUUUCCUGAUACAGUGCUGGUCAGUGGUUUUGACAAAUACAACCACUUCUCCAAGAAAACAUCCAAACUGUGACUCAUUAAGACAGGCUGUUUGCAGUAAUUAAACUCUUACAUUGUAUAUUUUCUUAAAUAGACCUAUAAAAGUAGACUUUAAGUAGAUCUUAAAGUAGCCUAGCUUAACAAUUUGUUUGUUGUUAUUAACAUCAGUUAUUAAUAUUAAUCUUGACAACCUAUGUCUACUUUGAAAGUGAUUAUAUACAAUAUACUAUACACAUUUUUCAUUGUUACUGCACUAGAAGUAUUUAAAAAUGUAUUUAUCUUUCAAGCUUUAAAGAAACUAUGUUUUAUAGUAUUUUAAUCUGUAAAUGUAAUAAUAUAUUUCUGUAUUAUUUGUUCUUCUGAAUUGUCACAUUCUGAACAUGGAAAACCAAAUAAACUGCUCAAAGAGGCC